GAGUGAGUGGAAAUCACUGGAAAUAUAUAUAAUCAUGGCGUAAUUUCAUAAAUUGUAGAGUGGGAUCUGUCAGUUGUGAAUACGAUAAGAAAUUAGUCAUCCUUCGGCGACUGGAGAUAGUCAUCUGAACGAAGGGAAAAAAGCUUGGGUGAAAAUAGGAAGAACUUAAUUCUAGAGUAAUACGUCUCAAAUAUCAAUCGACAUGUUUUCGAGCGGUCCUAACUACACAAAAUUGAAGACGAACUUGAGAUUGGCGAUAAAUAGAUUAAAACUAUUGGAAAAGAAAAAAACGGAAUUAGCUCAAAAGGCCAGAAAAGAAAUAGCCGAUUAUAUUGGAGCUGGCAAAGUUGAGAGGGCUAAAAUAAGAGUCGAACAUAUUAUUAGGGAAGAUUAUAUGGUCGAGGCUAUGGAAUUACUUGAAAUGUAUUGCGAUCUACUUCUGGCUCGCUUCGGUCUCAUCCAGCAAAUGAAAAAUCUAGAUGAAGGGUUGGCGGAGGCGAUAUCAACGAUUAUCUGGGCAGCCCCUCGAAUUCAAACCGAUGUCCAAGAGAUUAAAGUAAUAGCAGAUAUUUUGACAGCCAAGUACGGACGUCAGUACACCGACGCUUGCCGGGAAGAAGCGGUGCAGUCGAUAUCAGAGAAAUUGAAACACAAACUGAGCGUACAAUCACCGUCAAAACUGUUGGUAGAAAAAUACUUGAUUGAAAUUGCCAACAAUUACAAUGUCACGUACGAACCAGAUCCUCAGGUCAUGGCCGAAGCACAAGACGCUCUUUUAAUCGACAUAGGAAACAAUGCGGGCGAAUUGCCCAACAACUUAGAUUUAGCUUCAGGAGGCUACCAUCCACCGCAACCUGUUGGCUUCGUGGGAUAUCCUCAACCACCAAUUUUGCCCAAUCCUGAGGGUAUCAACAACCCAUUGGUAAAUCACAACGAUAAUCCUCCAGCAGGAUUCAUAGCUCCUGUGGCCCCACCUGUAACAGACAAGGAUCAAAACACAGCGUUCAAUCCAGCUGCCUUCUCUUACAACAUCCCUCUGGAUAACAGCAAUAAACAUGAACCGAGUAACGACGAUCUGCCUCCUCCGUACGGAUCGUUCCCACCAGAUUUAAAUAAGCAGUCUAAUCAGAAACCAAAACCUCAACCACGGUCAAAGAUGCCAAUGAACGACUUUAAACUACCUGAUUUACCAGCUGUUCCAACGGAGAACGAGCAACCUCCAGGUUCCUCUAACGAUGACAUAGAUUUUGAUGAUUUAACGAAGAGGUUUGAAGAAUUGAAAAAAAGAAAGUAGCUGAACGAAGGUGACGUUUGGAGAGUCAAUUUAGUAGCAUGUAGAACACCCAGAUCCCAUAAACUUUACACACCAGCAUCGAUAAAUAUUAAUACUUCGAAAUCCAAGUUUUAGUUUCAAAUUCCAAUAAAACCAAUUCCAAAUCAUUAAUAUUCCAUGCAAUGUAUAAAUACUAGUUAAAAAAAUUUCUCAAACUUAUCAAACCAAUUUUUUACCAUAGUUAAGCCAUUCGGCGAGUGCUUGAUAUUUUAUGAAUGUUACUAUAUGAUUAAACA